AUGGAGCUGAUGCAAGCUUUGAAAGAGCUUGCUGCUGACAAGAUCGACUCGGAAGACCGCCAAAAUUACCACCUAGAUGAUCUCGUUGAGAUGCUCCAGAAAAAGGACUCGCCACAGGUCAAGCUGAAAAAUGAUGACGCAACGAAUGAGCCGACUUUUACGCCUGGCUCUGAGACUGAUGAUGAGACAACAGCAUCCACAACAUCAACCACGACUACGACUUCCACGAAGAAUGAUGAGAUAACAACGACUUCAGAAGCUUCAACAACGACGAUGGAAGAUGUUCCAGUGAGAGAUCAUGAUCAUAGAAAUCAGCCUCCAUCACCAGCGCGAGUGAUCCCCGAAGACGUCCAAGAACCCGGUGGAGAAGCAGGCUGCCCGAAAUGGUAUCCAGAUUGGUCCGCAUUAGACAAAUUGGAGCCGAGGAUUAAACUUGAUCCUACUAAGUUCCUGACACCUGUCCUGACUUACGGCCCGAAUAAUCAGCAGCGAGGUUUCCGCGAGACAGUCUUCUUAGCCGUCAAGUUGAACCGGACCAUUGUGCCACCUGGCUUUUUCAAGCACUCAAGGACAGACAAGGAGCAUGAAGACGACUCUGAUGCUCAUAUUAUCGCACCAUGGCAUCGUUUUGACAUAUCAGCGCUGGCGACAAUGAUGAGUACUGCAGAUCCGAUGAAAAUCGGGAAAGAAUGCGGCGGACACUUUCAGAGCUAUUUCAAAGUGAAGCCGGGCUACUGCUCAGGCUCUAACAAAGACCGUUUCGAUGCCCUCUUCGAUUUCUUCUCAAUGAGCUUUGUCCCUGGCCAAGAACUAACGAAAGAAAAACAUGUUUGCCAUCUUGAAAACUCCAUCCCAGACGACAAGCUUUUGCCGACAAAUGGUGGCCCGAUCCACUUACCCACAUCCGACCGAGUCCUUCAGAGAUUCUACGCAAGUGAAGGCAAAUGCGCGCUUUGGGUGUUUCCCUACCACUGUAUUCAAUUCAAAAACUCGCUCAAGGGAAAUGCAAUCUCAGAAGAUCAACUCAACGACUCGCCAGAUUUAUCAUCAGAGUCAGACACAGACCUAAUGCAACGGAUCAUCAGGGCGACCCCAAGGCCGAAAUAUCUCAGAGACAUUGCGAAGAAUUUCAUUGAAAAUGUCAUCAAACCUAAAAUGCCAAAUGGAAGAUAUUUAGCCCUUCAUUGGCGAUACAAUCAUGGGGAUUGGCUCAGGCACUGUGAGCAUCGAGAAAGUCCUGCGUGUGACGCUGUUCUUGAAACGAUGGAGAAACCAAACCUCAUUGCUGCUGAAAUCGUCGAUUUUUUCAAAGCCCGUCCUUAUCUGGAAGGACUUUACAUUGCUGCUCCUCUUGAAGAACGCCCUCUUAUCGACGCUAUAAAAUCUUCGAUUGGAGGUUCUGUGCCGAUCUUCAUUGGAGACAGUUUGAUGACGCACAUGCUCGGCAUGUAUCCCAAUUGCAAGUGGAUGAAGGAUAACUUCCACGAUAUCUUCAGCAGUUUGGAGCAAGAAAUCUGCUCCCUCUCAGAUACCUUCCUCUAUGCUUCUGGAAGCAGCUGGAGCUUAAAUAUCGUCAUGGAGCGGCACUCUCGAAACAUCCCAAAUGAAAAGAGCAUGGAGAACAUCAACCUCUUGUUCAACGUCUUACAAAAGCUUCAUCCAGACAAGCAGCAAAAAGCAUAA